CUUGCGACUGAAGAAAGAAACAUAUCCUUGCAGUCCAGAAACAAAAGAAAACCGGAAAUUCGAGAGGGAGAGAUAGAAAGCUAGUAAAAGGAAAGAAAAGCGAAGAAAAUUGUGAAGGGACGAAUUUGUCUGCAAGUCAAGUACAGUACUAACAAAGCAUUCGGUUCGGGGGUGCUCAAUCUAUCGGGGAUGGGGGUCGGCAUGAGCAGCGGCCGGCGGCGAGGCAUCGGCAUCGGCGGAGGCCGCGGCGCAUCGAGCGGGAUGCUGCCGCUGCUCGCGCUGCAGGUGUUGCUCGAGUACGGCCGCGCCGGCGCGAGCCGCCCGCCCGUGACGGCGGCGCUCAUCGCCGCCAACGCGCUGGUGUACCUCCGCCCGGGCGCCCUCGACGCGGUCCUCCCGCCGCUCUCCCGCGUCGCCUUCAACCCGUACCUCAUCAUCCAGUAUGGCGACCUGACACGCUUCUUCCUCUCAGCUUUCUACCACUUAAGUGAAACUCACUUCUUCUACAACAUGACAUCUCUCUUAUGGAAGGGCAUACAGCUUGAAACAUCAGUGGGCAGUGUUGAGUUUGCUUCCAUGGUUGCCGCCUUGCUUGCCCUGUCUCAGGGCAUCACAUUGCUCCUUUCCAAAGGUUUACUCCUUUUCGGCAAUGAGACUGCAUACUAUGACCAAUAUGCGGUUGGAUUCUCUGGGGUACUGUUUGGUAUGAAGAUUGUAUUGAAUGCCUGGUCAGAUGAUUAUGUCUUCCUGCAUGGGAUGGUCAUUCCAGCAAAGUAUGCCGCAUGGGCUGAAUUACUACUCAUUCAGGCUUUCAUUCCUGGAACGUCCUUUAUUGGCCAUCUUGGCGGGAUACUUGCUGGUCUAACCUAUCUCUGGCUAAAACGGUCAUACUCCGGACCAGACCCACUCGCUCUUCUGAUUUCAGGCAUCACAAGUGUUGUGAGUUGGCCAGUGAAAUUUGCUCAGGGACUUCUAAGGCCAGGCCAUCGGCGAGGAAGCAGAGUUGGGCGCCGUGCAUCAUCAAGAGAGUCUGGUCGAGGUAUGUGGAGAUGCUCGGCAUGCACUUAUGACAACUUGCGUUCGGCAGAUAUCUGUGAGAUGUGCAGCACUGAACGCGAGGAUGGGGGCCGUGCUUUUCCCCACAGGCAGCAUCCCCAGGCUUCGGGAAACAGUGAGCCUUCGGUUGAUGAGAUCCGGCGUAGGAGGCUCCAAAGGUUUGACAGAUAAUGUAGAUCCUACAGAAGUACAGAUAUCAACUCCUAGUAGUGCUAAAGAAUCUUCUCUCUUGUAUGAAAACUGGCUUUUGUCCCGCGGUACCAUGAUUUUUCAUUCUUGACACUUGUGAUGAGGAGAGAAUGCUUAACAUGAUUGAACAUCUCCUAGCUGUAAAUCCCCGUACUGGUACUGAUUAUGUAAAGUACUCCUGUGUAUGCAACAAUGAAAACGCUUAGGCGCAUCAAAAUAUCCCUUCGUAUUAGGAACAAUUGAUGCGAUUUACAUCAGUUGUUGCCCUUCAUUUA